AUGACUGAGCACCCAAGCUUCUCGAGCAAUUUACGGGUUACGGCUCGAUUAACAUCAUCUGCUUCGGCCAAAACAACUUUUAGGCCCUGGAAAAAGGAGUUUGAAUUGGAAGAUUCACAUAGAUUUUCAGAUAUGGCUGUUGUUGAAAUCGAUGGCCGGAGUUGGAGACCUCGUGCUUUCCUCAGCCCCACUGCCAUAGAAAUACCUAUUUGCUCCAAACGGGACAAUCGAAGAUCCAGCUUGCAACCCUGCAUGGCAAACCCCAACCUCAACCCUGACAUAAGCACACCCGUCCCUCGACCGAGCCCACCUCCGCUCGUUCGAUCCUCUGCUCCCUUCGUCCAAAAACACACGCAUCACGAGAACACCCCCUCCACCGCCCAACAAACUACCCACCAUGUGCAAAAUUACCUGAAAUACCCUCCGCUCAUCUCCCACCACGUCAUUCGGCAAGCGCCUGUCGACCUCGACAGCAAAAUCAUAGCCUCUGUAGGCGCUCAGGCAUUUCGACAAACACGCAGCCUCCUGCACUAA